AUUGCAUUGCUUCUACAUAUCACGAUACCUCACUUGUACUGAGACGGUACUAGUCCCCACGAACUUAGCCUAGGCUGGCACUCCGCGGCAUCAACCACACCUAUUUCGGCCGCCCUAAAAACCAAGCUGAUAACCACCGAUCCCAUCCCGAGUCAUCGCUACCAAGCCCCUCCACCUCCUCCGCUGCCCUCCUUUACCUCUUCUUCGCCUUUGUCUCCUUACCCUACCACCCCCCCCCAUCCCAAAGGGCCCCAGAACCAGAACCAUGUCCUCCGAACCGGCCACGUCUCAACCAAAUGGCACCUGCGCAAGCGCACUGGCAGCCGCACCCCACACUCCUACGGCAUCCUACCCCGCCGCUGCGGCCGAUGAUGCCGAGCAGCAGGCGACAACAGAAGCCAACUCAAUCCCCCUCAGGACCGACGCGACGACUACCAGCAAAGACAAAGACAAUGACAAUGACAAUGAAGAUGAGAAAAACACCACCGCACCCCCACUAACGACCACCAUCGCUGCCCUGCACGACCAGAUCCAACGCUUCCUCUCCGAAUCUCACCCCGCGGACUCCCUCCUGGCCGCCGUGCAGAAGCAAACGCGCGUGACCCUGGACGUCUUCGCCGCGGCCCUGGACACGUUCCCGCUCGAGAACCUCUCCCUCUCCUACAACGGCGGCAAGGAUUGCCUCGUGAUGCUCGUGUUGUUUCUCGCGAGUCUCCACAACCUACCGACGAGGACGACGGCGAGCCAACAACAACAACAACAACAACAACAACAACACCAACAACACCAACAACAGACACAAACCACACAAUCACAACCACAAGCACAAGCACAAUCACAACCACAAGCACAAACACAAACAGAUGCACAACCACAACCACAAACCCCGCCGACAGACAACACCAACAACAAACUCAACUCUCUAACCUCCAUCCCCGCCAUCUACGCCCUCCCGCCCGACCCCUUCCCCGAAGUCGAGGCGUUCGUCGCCUGGUCCGCCCGCCACUACCACCUCGACAUGGUCAAGUACACCACCGACCCGCCGCGCACCACCAUCCGCUCCGUCUUCGCCGACUACCUGGCCCAGCACCCGGCCGUCCGCGCCAUCUUCGUCGGCACCCGCCGCACCGACCCUCACGGCGCCCGCCUGACCCAUCAGGACUACACCGACAGCGGCUGGCCCCAGUUCCUGCGCUACCACCCCGUCAUCGACUGGCACUACACCGAGAUCUGGGCCUUCAUCCGCCACCUCGGGCUGCAGUACUGCGCCCUCUACGACCAGGGGUACACGAGUCUGGGCGGCACCGCCGAUACGCGGCCCAACCCCAAGCUGCUGCGUCAGGGGACCGGGUCUGAGGAGUCCGAGGCCGGCAGCGCCGAGCAGUCGCGGUAUCUUCCGGCGUAUGAGUUGACCGAGGACUUGGAGGAGAGAUUGGGUCGCAAUUGACGUCUGGUGGGCAUUUGUCAUUUGCAUUCCUCAGGUACCGGGAGUCGACCGGUUCAGCGUGCAUAGAAGGAACUUUGUGGGACGGAUUGCCCACCGUCCUAUGAAAUUCAUGGCAUUGUCAAGGUUCUCACCGAAAUGAGUUCGAGGGUAGAUGGCUCGCCUCCUUGACCCUUACAGUUGAUAGACACCAGCAUUAGCAGUGCUGCUUGCUACGUGCAGGAGGACUUUGGUUUCGCAGUAUCAUUAUCACUAUUAUUCCCAGCCUGUAGACUGCGUUGAUAGUUUUAUGGAGUCGGAAGGAGUAACCAUGAUUAGACACAUACAGGAAUGCCA